AUGUUCGAGAAGAAGUACUCAGUGUUGCUAACAAAAUCGCAACCAGUUAUUACUCACAUACGCAAGGAUAUUGCGAGGAAAAUGAUGUGGAGCGCAAAGUAUGCAAAUGAAGUUAUCGAAUUUAUGUCGAUGCGCUUGCAAGACUGGAGUGGCCUCUCGGUGUCGUGA